AUGUUUUCUUCAUUCACCGGUGGAGACCAAUUCGAUGCAAUAUUCUCAGAGUCCGAUGUAGACAUCUCUGCCCUAUCUACUGAGUCAACAGCUUCAGCACUAAAAUCCGCCUGUUUUCACUACUCUCGUAAAGCCUUCACGGAAGCCCUAGCUGUUCUCGAUCGAGUACCGCAUCCCUGGCCAGACCUGGUGGUUAUAGCUCGCUAUCUGACUCAGCUAGCGAUCGAGCCGAUCAACGCUGAUGAGUUUGUUGGUCCUUUGGUCGCCCUCCAUCAGAAGGGCAAAAGUCCCCUCGCCUCAUACUACCUAGCCCGGCACUACCAUGCUACCUGUCGUUAUAUAGAGGCAUUGACGAUUAUUAGAGAGGCCCUCGCUGCGGACCAUAUACUGUCAUCCCGAUAUCAGCAUCGCUUCGCUGAGCUCACGGCACUUUGUUUGACUGACCAGGCUUUGUGUAUUCCCGAUCCUGUGGUGGCUCGAAAGACUCUCUUGAAUGCUGUUGAAGCCGAUCCGAACUGUUGCCCGGCCCUUUAUAACCUAGCGGUCAUCACCACUGAUCCUGUUGAAGCUUCUCAGCUUUACUUGAGGUUCUCGAAAUUGAUCCGAACCACGUUCAGCGCUUAA